AUGGAGACUUCUACGCCAGAAUAUUAUGAAGUUUUUGGUGAGUUCCGUGGAGUUCUAAUGGAUAAACGGUUCACCAAAUACUGGGAAGAUGUUGAAACAUUCUUGGCAAGGCCAGAUGACCUUGUCAUUGCUGCUUAUCCUAAAUCUGGCACCACAUGGAUAAGUGAAAUUGUGUAUAUGAUCUAUAAAGAAGGUGAUGUGGGAAAAUGCAAGGAGGAUGCGAUUUUUAACAGAAUACCUUUUCUGGAGUGCAGAAAUGAAGAGCUAAUAAAUGGAGUAAAACAACUAAAAGAGAAGGAAUCUCCCAGAAUAGUGAAAACUCACCUGCCACCCAAGCUCCUUCCAGCAUCCUUUUGGGAAAAGAAUUGCAAGAUGAUCUAUCUUUGCCGGAACGCCAAAGAUGUCACCGUUUCUUAUUACUACUUUUUGCUAAUGAUAACUAGUUAUCCAAAUCCUAAAUCUUUUUCUGAAUUUGUGGAGAAAUUUAUGGACGGGCAAGUUCCAUAUGGUUCCUGGUAUGAUCAUGUGAAAGCUUGGUGGGAAAAGAGUAAGAAUUCACAUGUUUUAUUUAUGUUCUAUGAGGACAUGAAAGAGGAUAUCAGAAGAGAAGUUGUAAAGCUGAUAGAGUUCCUGGAGAGAAAGCCAUCAGCAGAGCUUGUGGACAAAAUCAUUCAACACACUUCAUUCAAGGAGAUGAAGAACAAUCCAACCACCAAUUAUACAAUGAUGCCAGAGAUGAUGAUGAAUCAAAAAGUAUCGCCAUUCAUGCGAAAGGGGAUUAUAGGGGACUGGAAGAACCACUUCCCAGAAAACCUGAGGGAGAGAUUUGAUGAGCACUUCGAGCAACAAAUGAAGAACUGCACUGUGAAAUUUAGAAGCGAGCUCUGA